AUGCCGGGCACCGUUAACCAAGUAAAGAAGUGUAUGAAGACCCACCUUGACGUCUUCUUCACGGCGAAAACUCACAAGCAAGGGUUACCUUUCCGUCCGAUUGUGUCUGAGCGAGGGUCCUGGCAGUCCCACGUCUCCAGUGUUCUACGCAAGGGCCUCAACCUCGUUGAAGUCAAUGACCCUUACUACCUGUCACGGUCGGAAGAGGUCACCGCGUUUCUGGGUUCUUUAAGGGAGGAGAAGUAUGACUUUCGAUCCUUUGACGUCGAAGACAUGUUUUUCAACUUGGACACUGGACUUCUUCUCAGGCUGGUGGAGGAGGAGCUGGACAGGGUAAACCCGGUCACGUUUUCCACUGAAACCGGGAUGUCCUCGCGGAGUUUCGUGGAGCUACUACGCAUUUAUUUAUUGUCCACCACAGUUGAGUUCCAGAAGGGAAUAUACCGGCAAAAGAAGGGAGUGUGCAUCGGGUCCAGGUUAGCCCCGGCCCAAAGCAAUAUAUACCUGGCGGCGUUCGAUAGGCAACUUCAGGGAAGACUGCAAAGGGCUGCACCCAACAUGCUACGAAUUUGUAGGUACGUGGACGAUUACCUUCUGGUUUCGGUGGGGGAAGUGGACUGGGUCCCUGUGUUGCAGCUGUUCCAGACCAACGAGUUCGGGUUAAAAUUUACCCUGGAGGAACCCGCGAGGGACACAUUGCAGUUCUUGGACUUGAGGCUGAUUAGAGAAGCCCGACACCUGUGCUGGAUGUACGGUCAGAGGACGGAAAAACCGUUACUCCCCUUCAAUUCGAACCACAUGAAGAUGGGCAUCGUAAACAGCUUGGUGAGGGCAUGCGUUGUCAAGAGUUGUCAACAUCGAGUCGAGGCAAGCCUGAGGGAGCAGCUGCUAAGACUUUUGGGAGCAGGGUACCCGAUCGAUUUUACCAGAGGAGUGGUCAGGCGUCUUCUGAAGGGCUCAAGGGGAUCCGGUACAGGUCGGGAGGAGCGGCCCGAGAAGACGGUGGUGAUCCCGUAUGUGCAUGGAGCAACGCACCGACUGGUAAAAGUGGCUCAAAAACAAGGGAUCAAGGUUGUGCCCACUGUUAGGAGCAAACUGAGUUCAUUGCCGGGAUGGGUCGCGGCAGAGGAUGCCAGACCGACUAGCGGGGUAAAACACAGGAACAGAUUCGUGGAGUGUUGCGCGGGUGUAGUGUACUCCAUACCAACGUCAUGCGGUCGACAGUAUGUAGGAGAAACCUCUAGGUGUUUGAAUGACCGGAUCCGAGAGCAUCGAAACAAGGUGGACAAGAAAGAUGAAGAGGGAUCUCGGCUUGCAGGCCACGUCAUUUAUUGCCGGUGCCGACCCCAGCACAGACAGACAAAAGUCUUAUACAGAUCUAAAGACGUUCAUGUGCGGCAUGUGUUAGAGACAAAAACAAUAAUGCAACUUAAAGAUAAGUGCGUCAGUGCUGCGACGGCGACCCUGACAGAGAAACAGCAACACCUUAUCAACUCCGGACGGGUGUUCUGA